CUUCCCUUCGGUACUGCGGCUGCGCAGCUGCAGUCACAUCUUUAAUACUUCCAGCAUGAAAUAAUGAACUGACGUUUAUUGUUAUUGACCUCAAAAUAACCAAAUGUGGAGGUUAAACAAAGUUCGCCACAAAGCCGCUCGACAGGGCGACAGCUUGGAGGAGCUCAAGUUAAAGAGACGAGAGCAUGAAAAGGCACUGAGACAGGCCCGCAGAGACAGACAGCUGGUGAGCAAGAGACUCCUGCUGAAUGAAGAUGAGGACCAGCCAGAGGUCACCAUGGACACUAACUCAGGAGAACAGGACGUGGUCAGUUUGUUCCACAGACUUCAACACACCGGGCCGGAGAGGGAGACCCACUUGAGAGCCUUGAGUAAAGCCCUCCGCGACCCAUCAGCACAGCUCACCUUCAUCAAGCAGGAGAAUAGUAUACAUCUUCUGGUUGGUCUCCUCACUGGCUCUAACGCUACGUGUCGUCUGCAGGCUGUUCGGUGUCUUCAUGAGCUGUCUCACUCUCCCCACACCAACGUGGCACCAACCUGUCUGCCUGCCACCCCCUACCUGCUCACCUACCUGUCUGGCCAGAGCACCAAGUUCACUGAGCUGUGUCUCUACACGCUUGGUAAUUUAUGCCCAGACAGUGAUGUGGUAAAAGACAAACUCCUGGCCCAGGGAAUCAUACCAGCUCUGACUAACUGUAUAGAGAAUCAGAGACAUAACCUUGCGGUGGUGGAAGCCGUGUGGUUCACCCUCUCUCAGCUUCUCCAGGCCAAAGAUGCAGCAGAGAAAAUAGUCCCGAUGGUCCUGGCCUCCAGUUUACCUUCACACUUGUUAUCAGUCCUGACUCCUGAUCCAAAGUUUGGCCUGGCACCUGCCAUUGAGUGUGCGUGGUGUCUGCACUACCUCACAUGCAGUGUUAAGGAUAAUGGAGUGCUGUUGGCUCAUGGGGCCCUUCCGCGUUGCAGUUCCCUGUUAGUGUCACUAGGUGGCGCUGUGGCUGAAGGAAACAAAGAAGAGGAAAUGGAGCUGCUCAUCUGUCCUCUGCUGAGGUGCGUUGGAAAUCUCUUGUCCUCCUGUCCAGUGGAGGACCUGAGCACUCAAGCGGGUGACGUUCGUAUUGUGGUUGCUCUGUGUGCAUUUCUGCAGGCCUACCUGCAGACUCAGCCAGCCUUGGCCAGAGAGAGCGCCUGGGUCCUCAACAACCUCACGGCUUACUCCAGUGCCUUCUGCUCGGCUCUGCUGACUCUCAACUUGGUCCCUGGACUGAUCCGGCUCCUCCCUUUGUCUCAAGGCAUCAAUACCAUGGUCCUGAGGGUUUUGGCAAAUAUUGCCCACAAGAAAAAGGAGUUCGGUGUCCAGCUGGCCCAGCUGGGAUUGCUGUCUGCCCUCUGUGCCACACUUAAAAUGGCCAACCACGAGAUGGUGACCCUGAGUAUGGAUGUCCUGUUCAUGCUGGUAGUUAGUGCUCCACAGGUAGCAGAGGAGUUUGUGAGGCAAGACGGGCUGUCACUGUUAGAAGCCCUUCAGUACAACAGUGAAGGAGAGAUUAGACAAAGAGCUACACAUCUCGUGGAGCACCACCUACUUUCCUACUCAUCCAUUUGCUCGGUGGACAACACCCCAUGUUCCUGAACCAACACGAAGGCAUCACAUUCACACUUGAGAAUACAGGACGUCUUCUUUACGUUUUGCAAUCUGUAAAUUGGACAAACAGAGUUUUCAUAUAUACAGUAAUUUUCUAUACAUUUAUGAAUAUAAUCUCCUGGUAUUUUGAUGUUCACCAUCUUCAGUGUCAGCAAUUAUAUUUUAAUCAUGUAAAGAUGAAAUAUUUUUAUAAUACCUGUAUGUACAGAGGAUGGGUUUAAAUGACUGUCUGUAAAUAUCUCGAAUAAGGGUGAUACACUCUUUUGGGGGGGUUGUGAUACAGAUUUUAUCAAUAUGUAUUUUUGAACCAAUAAUGCAAUGUCUUUAAUGACUUUACAUUCAUCAAAUAAAUUAUAAAUGAAUAAAUACCUUCACUACCAA